UAGAGGCUCUUCAGUUCGGCAGGCGCGAGUCGGGGGGCUCGAGGGGGUGCCCUGUCAUGUCGUGGCUCUUCGGUGUCAAUAAGGGCCCCAAGGGCGAGAGCCCGGGGUCCAUGCUGCCCCUGCCACCCACGCCCGGAGGGGACGGUGGAGGAGACCGGACGGGCGGCGGUGGGGACCGACACGCGCCCAAGGACAAAUGGAGCAACUUCGACCCCACGGGCCUGGAGCGCGCAGCUAAGGCGGCGCGCGAACUCGAGCACUCGCGCCAUGCCAAGGAAGCGCUCAGUCUUGCACAGAUGCAGGAACAGACCUUGCAGCAGGAGCAGCAGUUAAAAGUUAAAGAAUAUGAAGUCGCUUUGGAGCAGCUGAGGAAUGAGCAGAUUCGGUCACAAGGAGAAGAGAGAAGGAAGACACUAAAUGAAGAAACGAGGCAGCACCAGGCGAGAGCUCAGUAUCAGGACAAGUUGGCACGACAGCGUUAUGAUGACCAGCUUAGACAACAGCAACUUCUAAAUGAAGAAAACUUAAGGAAGCAGGAGGAGUCUGUGCAGAAGCAGGAGGCGAUCAGGAGAGCUACUGUGGAGCGGGAAAUGGAUCUGCGGCAUAAAAAUGAGAUGCUCCGGAUAGAAGCCGAGACCCGUGCAAAAGCCAAAGCAGAGAGGGAGAAUGCAGAUGUCAUCAGGGAGCAGAUUCGCCUGAAAGCCUCAGAGCACCGCCAGACCGUUUUGGAAGCCCUUAAGACAGCUGGUACUCUGUUUGGUGAAGGAUUUCGGGCCUUUAUAACAGACUGGGACAAAGUUACAGCUACGGCAGCUGGAUUGACGCUGCUAGCUGUCGGUGUUUACACAGCUAAGAAUGCAACAGCAGUUGCUGGCCGAUACAUUGAAGCCCGCCUAGGGAAGCCCUCUUUGGUAAGGGAAACUUCCCGAAUUACAGUUUUAGAGGCCUUGAAGCACCCGAUCGAGAUUGGCAAACGUUUAGCAAGUAAGCCUCAGGAUGCUCUGGAAGGAGUUGUUCUCAGUCCUAAACUGGAGGAGCGGGUCAGGGACAUCGCCAUAGCAACAAGGAACACCAAAAAGAACAAAAGCUUAUACAGGAAUAUCCUCAUGUAUGGACCCCCUGGCACAGGGAAAACACUUUUUGCCAAGAAGCUAGCCAUGCAUUCGGGUAUGGACUAUGCCAUCAUGACUGGUGGUGAUGUUGCCCCCAUGGGGCGAGAAGGGGUGACUGCCAUGCACAAGGUCUUUGACUGGGCCAAUACCAGCCGAAGAGGCCUCUUGUUAUUUGUUGAUGAAGCCGAUGCCUUCCUGAGAAAACGAGCCACGGAGAAGAUAAGUGAAGACCUGCGGGCAACCUUGAACGCAUUCCUUCACCGGACAGGCCAACACAGCAACAAGUUUAUGCUGGUCUUAGCAAGUAACCAACCUGAGCAGUUUGACUGGGCCAUUAAUGACCGAAUAGAUGAAAUGGUCAACUUUGACCUGCCUCAGCUUGCGGAACGAGAGCGCCUGGUGAGGAUGUACUUUGACAAGUAUGUUCUGAAACCAGCCACGGAAGGAAAGCAGCGCCUGAAGCUGGCCCAGUUUGAUUAUGGGAAGAAAUGCUCAGAGGUAGCCAGGUUGACUGAAGGCAUGUCCGGACGGGAGAUCUCACAGCUCGCUGUGGCCUGGCAGGCCCUGGCCUACGCCUCGGAGGACGGGGUCCUCACGGAGGCCAUGAUGGACGCCCGGCUGAAGGACACCAUCCAGCAGCACCAGCAGAAGAUGCAGUGGCUGAGCCCCGACGGCCCGGAGGGCGGCAGGAGCCAGCCCGCGCCGGCCGUCCAGGAGAGCCUGGCCUAGGCCGGAGCCCCGCGCUGCGGGGACAGGACGAGAGUCUGCCCAGGGACGGGCCGCACCGAGCUGGCCGGCGGCGCUGCCCUCCGCGGCCGGAUUCUUUUAGAUAUUCUCAGAGAACCCCCGAGACCUGUCACGGUGGGAGCCGCAUUAAAAGAACUGCCACGA